AUGACCUCUCCUCGGGGUACUAACCUGGCACUUUUGAAGAAAAUGUUCGAAGGAUUUGAAGAGUCUGACUUGCCAGUUCCGAAGACCCCAUCCACCACAUCUACUCCACGAUUGACUCCAGCUGGAUCUUUCGGAUCUCGAGGAGCUACGUCGUCGUCAGCUUCAAAUCUUCGUCCAAAAAGAAAGUCCAUGGACAUUGCCUAUGCUCAGAACGCUUACAACCCGUAUGCCAAGUAUUAUUUCAAAUACUCAUUUCGGAAAUGA